AUGGUAAAAUCAAAGAAUGUAGAAGCUUUACAAAAACCGCAAGGCAUUGAUCUUUAUGCUCGUUAUGCCUUUGCUGGUGCAGUAUGUUGUGCUGUGACACAUGGAGCUCUUACUCCUGUUGAUGUUGUUAAAACUAAGAUUCAACUUGAGCCUACCAUUUAUAAAAAUAUGUUUAGUGGGUUUCGGCAUAUUGUUCGCAAUGAAGGAAUAGGAACACUUCUUACUGGUUUUGGGCCCACAUUUGCAGGUUACUUUUUGCAGGGAGGAUUUAAAUUUGGUGGCUACGAAUUCUGGAAACAGCGUGCAAUUGAUUAUUUUGGAAUUGAAACGGCUACAAAUAAUCGUACAGCUAUAUAUCUUGGAUCGUCUGCGGUUGCUGAAUUUUUUGCUGAUGUUGCUUUAUGUCCACUUGAAGCAACUCGUAUUCGUCUUGUUUCUCAACCUACAUUUGCGACUGGUCUUGUUCCUGGAUUUGUUAAAAUUCUCAAAAAUGAAGGCGUUCCUGCUUUUUAUAGCGGAUUUGGUCCUAUUCUUUUUAAACAAAUUCCAUAUACUAUGGCUAAAUUUGUUGUUUAUGAGCGUGUAGCUGAAUUGAUUUAUUCUUGCAUACCAACGCCUAAGAAUAAACUUUCUUCUGGCACAACUACUUCUAUUAAUAUUGCAUCUGGUUUGGCUGCUGGUGUUGCUGCUGCUAUUAUUUCUCAGCCUGCUGAUACUCUUCUUUCAAAAAUUAAUAAGGUUCAAGCAUUACCGGGUGAAACAACUACAUCUCGCCUUAUUAAGUAUGCCAAAGAACUUGGUGUUCGUGGAUCAUUUACAGGACUUGGUGCUCGUAUUGUAAUGGUUGGAAUUCUCACUUCUGGUCAAUUUGCUAUAUAUGGUGACAUUAAAAAGGCUAUUGGCGCAACAGGAGGAGUUGAGAUAUAUCCUUCUAAAACUUAA